AAAAACAUUUUUCCAAUUAAAACGGAACUAAACAAUUGCGUGUUUAAAAUUUACUAAAUAAAAAAGGGAAGAAAAUAAAAUAAACAUAUAUUACAAAAUGUCGUGUAAAGCCCUGCUGUACCUCUGCGCUGGAUUAAUUCUGAUCUUGUCAAUAUCCACAACACCGGUUACGGCUGACAUUGAUGACAACGAAGUCAGUGAUCCUCCAGAAUAUCGAAUGAUUCAAGGUGUCAAAGUCUAUCGUGGCGAUCGUCAGUGUGUCCUUGUGGGCGGUCUUUGUGUGCACAACAGUGACUGUCUCCUGCCCACCACCAACAAGGGUCUCUGCCCAUCCAACCAGCAUUUGGGUGUUGAAUGCUGCUAUGAAUUGCCCGUGAGACCAGCUCCAUGUGACCAACAUUUGGGUGAAUGUAUGGAUCGUUGUCACAAGGCUCUGAUGAGACCCGGCACCGAUUGUAAAAAUGGUCAGGUGUGCUGUGCCCUCAUUUAGAUGGAGAUGUCAAAUGACGCCACUGUCGCUGUGAGAAGGAUGUUUGUCAAAGGACAUCACCUAUUUUUUUAAAUAUUUAAUUGAUAAUUAUACGAAAUGUUAAUUACAAGUGUACAUACGUUGUGUAUGUACGAGUAUCCAUUAUUUCACAUACAUACAUACAUAGGGCUAGAGCUUAAUAAUAUCUUUUGAUACAGUUAUUAGCACUAAAGUUAAGUUUAAAUGUUUUGUUUUUAGUUUUUUUUUCAUAUGUAAUGAUUUGUUUUUAGCGUAAUUUAAAAGGUGUCUCUGGAGACACUCUGUCUGUAUGUCUAGAUGCACAUAUGUAUGUCCACAAAAAAUAAUUGACAGCUGAUUUAAUUGUUUUUAUUUUAUUUAUACACUCUAUUUGUAAGGCAAUAAAACUAAUUACUAAUUA